UCCGGUUGGGGCGGAAGUUUGCCGGAAGUUGACCUGCUCCCGUCGGGACCUGCGGCCGCAAAGGCGGCGGCGGUUCCAUUGGCCGGAAGGCCGGGCCCUGAGCGAGGGGCGGGGCCCCACCUCACCGCUACCGUAUUGACCCGUGGAGGGGCGCCCUGCGCGGCGUUCCCGGUAGCGAGGCGGGGGGAGGGGCUACCGCAUUCACCCGGGCGGCGGGCCGGUCUGUUCCCGGGCGGACAGCCGCCGCCCCGCACCUUCCCCCCCCCCGGCGCUCCGGCCCUUGUCUCCGCCCGGAGGGAGCCGCUGCGGCCCCCGGCGGCCUGGCCCCGGCGCGGACGGCAUUCCCAGCCAGGCCUCCUCCGCUGCCGCCGCCACCGUGCCCGCGGGCUGCCCGAGCCCUUCCCCUCCGCCCCACUGAGUGGCCCCCCCCCGGCCAAGAUGGCGGAAGAGAAGAAGCUGAAGCUGAGCAACACGCAGCUGCCGACCGAGUCCAUGAAGGUCGUGGCCGAGUCGAUGGGGAUUGGGCAGGUGCCGGAGGAGACCUGUCAGCUGCUGGCUGAGGAAGUCAGCUACCGCAUCAAGGAGAUUGCACAGGAUGCCUUGAAGUUCAUGCAGAUGGGCCAGCGACGGAGCCUCACGACGGGAGACAUCGACCUGGCCCUCAAGCUGAAAAACGUGGAGCCCUUGUAUGGCUUCCAGGCUCAGGAGUUCAUCCCGUUCCGUUAUGCCAGCGGUGGGGGGCGUGAGCUCUACUUCUAUGAGGAGAAGGAGGUGGACCUCAGUGACAUCAUCAACACGCCCCUCCCCCGCGUCCCUCUGGAUGUGUGUCUCAAGGCACACUGGCUGAGCAUCGAGGGAGUUCAACCUGCCAUCCCCGAAAACCCACCGCCAGCCCCCAAAGAGCAGCAGAAAGCAGAAGCCACGGAGCCCCUGAAGGCCGCCAAGCCCGGCCAGGAGGAAGAGAAUGCCCUCAAGGGCAAGGGGCAGGGGGCCACCCCCCCCGACGGCAAAGGCAAGGAGAAGAAGGGGCCCCUGCUGGAGCCGGCCCCCCUGAAGCUGAAGCCCCGCAGUAUCCACGAGCUGUCCGUGGAGCAGCAGCUCUACUACAAGGAGAUCACCGAGGCCUGCGUGGGCUCCUGCGAGGCGAAGCGAGCGGAGGCGUUGCAGAGCAUUGCCACGGAUCCCGGCUUGUACCAGAUGCUGCCCCGGUUCAGCACCUUCAUCUCCGAGGGGGUCCGGGUGAACGUCGUGCAGAACAACCUGGCCCUCCUCAUCUACCUCAUGCGGAUGGUGAAGGCCCUGAUGGACAACCCCACCCUCUACCUGGAGAAAUACCUCCACGAGCUGAUCCCUGCCGUGGUGACCUGCAUCGUGAGCCGGCAGCUGUGCCUCCGGCCGGACGUCGACAACCACUGGGCCUUGCGGGACUUUGCCGCCCGCCUCAUCGCCCAGAUCUGCAAGAACUUCAGCACCACCACCAACAACAUCCAGUCCCGCAUCACCAAGACCUUCACCAAGAGCUGGGUGGAUGAGAAGACGCCCUGGACGACCCGGUACGGAUCCAUUGCUGGGCUGGCCGAGCUGGGGCAUGACGUGAUCAAGACCUUGAUCCUGCCCCGGCUGCAGGUGGAGGGGGAGCGGGUCCGGGCCAUCCUGGAGGGGCCGGUUGUCAGCAACAUUGACAAGAUUGGUGCUGAUCAUGUCCAGAGUCUUCUGCUGAAGCACUGUGCUCCAGUCCUGGCUAAGCUGCGCCCCCCGCCGGACAACCAGGAGGCCUACCGGCUGGAGUACGGAGCCCUGGGCACCCUCCUCUGCACCCACGUGGUCAAGGCCCGCGCCCAGGCGGCCAUGCAGGCCCAGCAGGUCAACCGCACCACCCUGACCAUCACCCAGCCCCGCCCGACCCUGACGCUCUCCCAGGCGCCUCAAGGGGCCGGCAGCACCUCCCGGGCGCCCAGCAUCCUCAAGGUCCCCAGCUCCAUCGCGCUGCCUGUGCAGACCCUCGUCUCGGCCCGGCCGGCCACCCCCACCCAGCCCACCCCACCCCCCACCAAGUUCAUUGUCAUGUCCUCCGCCUCCGGCACCUCCACCUCCCAGCAGGUGAUCACGCUGAGCGGGGCCCCGGCUGCGACGUCCACCUCCCCCGUCACCACCACGGUGCCCAGCACCCAGCCCCUGGUGAAGCUGGUCUCCGGGGGGCAGGCGGCCCCCAGCCCGCCGGUCUCGGGCAGCGUCCAGAAGUACAUUGUGGUCUCUCUGCCCCCGGCUGCGGAGGGCAAAGGGGGCAGCGGCGCCCAGCUCUCGCCCUCGGCCACGGCGGCCCCCUCCUCCAGCCUGGCCCUCUCCACGGGCAUCAAGCAGGAGCGCAGCGACAGCCCCCAGCCCCCCGGCAGCACCUCGGCCGCCACUGCCUUCCUGGCCAAGGCCAACGGGGCGCAGGGCAUGGUGCCCGGGUCGCCCCAGCCCUCCCUGUAGGGGGCCUGGCCUGGGGUCCUCUGCUCAGGCGGCCUGCCCAGCCCCGAGGGAGUCACGGGCCCUUCUGCGGACGGGCUGGGCUCCUGGCCGUGGCGAAAGGCCGGCUGGGGGCUGCCUGGUGCCCUCCACCCUCCUCUGCUCUGGCUGGGCUGGGCUCCAGCGCUGCCUCCCCCCAUGGCUGGGUCCAGCGGGAACAUCUCCCCCCCCCCCUGCCAUGGAAGUGUCAGGUGCUCUUUGGUCUCCAAUAAACCCUGUUCUUCUA